AUGGAUUGUGCCGACAUAUACCUCCGCCCCGACACGUCAUACGUUCGCCUGCGGAACGAUGAAGUCAUGCCCGCCGUCGCCCUGCUCAUCUACGGGGUCACGUAUGCUCUAACGAUAAUGCUCACGACGGACGAUCUGAGCAGCGUCACGAAGGAUCGUGUCUACCGGUGGAUCGAGAUCGUCCACGGUCCGCUCACGUCGCAGUGCGAGGGGUCGCAGGCGCAAUUCGAGCUGCUGCUCGACAUUGUAUUGAUGUACUGCGCAUUUGCGCUCGGUCGACACGGCCUUGGUGAGGCCGAGUUCGACCUGUUUGCUGAUCGCCUGAUCAAGACUGUGUCGGAACUGCACCCAUUUGAACGUGCUGACAACGAGCUCGCCGAGUUUGUCGGGUGGUUGCAUGUGAACUUCCCCAAGUCCGUAUUCGACACCAAUGACCUGGAUCUCUCCGCACAGACCCUGGCGCGUGCCGGACAAGGCCUUGCCAAUGAGCUGCAGCGCCUUACAAUCAUCAAGCACGAGCACGCGGGCAUCGAUGACAUACACACGGCUGUGGACCCCGCCGCUUUCGCCGCCGCUUCCGAUGCCACCAAAGCCACACCGCUCACUGCAUCCAACCUCGCUAACAUCCCCAGUGCUCCGAAGACGCCAAAGCAGGCACGUCGUGGUCCCGGGGCUGGCGGCGCUGACUCUGAUGCUGAGUCUGAUGGGGCUGGUUCUGACAUGCCGUCUCUUGAGACGGUUGACUGCUCCUCUUGCGGUGAUGCGGAAGACUCGGACCGGGACGGGUUCUAG